CGCACACAGAGUCACACCAAUUGAUGCAAAAAUAAACACUUUUGAAAUGAUGGACAACACGUGUGAAGACUUUCUCGCAUUUCAGGAAGCGCUCAAAAAGAGCCGUAAAAUGGAUGACAAUAUCAUUCAUUUACUCAAUACUUCUCUUCCGACCGAUUCUUUCGCAAACAAGACCUCAGAUGCCGGACAGCAAUGCAAACAAUUAUAUGAACAGAUACAAAACUCUUACACCCAAAGAGAGAACUCAAUAAAACAGUGCAUUAGUGUUGUGUCGAGUCGUGUGAAACACCUGAAGGAUGAACGACAGGUCAGUGAAGACAACGUCGAUGUUAUGAAAAGUCUCCGCAAACAGCAGACAAGACUAAGAUUAAUGCAAAAUGAACUCAAUGUAGAGGAAGUGGUCAAAGAUAGGACUCUAAAGGUUCUGAGAUUAUGA